AUGAAGCAGCUCUCGAGAGUGUGGGUUUCUGACUCUGACCCGCGCGCCUCACUGAAAUUCCUUCAGUGCUUAUGGUAGCCACUAGUCCCGCUUCUUCAGCCCGACGGUAGGCCACCUCCUCGAUAACUCCUCAGCUCGACGAGUACCCAGCUUUUUAGAGGAGGUUUGUGAUCUCCGGGUUGUGCACUUAAUCCCAGUAGACGGAUUCCGAAGCGCCAUCAGCUUCUCCUCACCUUUGGAGUGGCUCAACCUUUCCGAGACCCUCAGACCAUUUUUGAGGCGCCUAAAAAAUUCCGAGACCCUCAGACCCGACUCGCCCAACCUGUAGUCUGUCUCUCAGUGGUCUCUCAACGGUCUCUCACCGGUCUCUUAACGGUCGUCCAGUAAGUCUCAGCGGCGAGCUUGAUGGUUCUUCCCCACUGGCCGGGCCCACAACUGCCGCUAGCAGCUGCUUUUGACUCGGACUCGGGUUCUGAAGCAUGCUUUUAUUGCGAUCCGUUGUGCCACGCCCCUGAUGAUUAUGCGCGUCAGCGCGCCCGGUGCUUCCCCCCCAGGCCGAAGCCAAGAAAAGCAGUACUUUUUUGGUGGGCUCCAAAGGCAGAACCAGCAGCCUGAGAUCGGCCGGAUAAGUAUGAGCCACGUCAGGGAGAGGCCUUCCCCAGGCUGGGCCCGCAACCAGCAGCAAGAACCCGGAAUCUCUCAGGAACUUGAACUUCAAACUGCAUCUGGACAUGGCGGCCAGAGAGCCUUAUCUCUGCCCGGUUUGAAGCGUCCAGAUGCACUGGACCUGACCCUGCGCUGCAGUGCUGCAUACGCCGCUGCUACCACUGCUACCCCUGCUACGACUGCUACCACUACUGCUGCUACCAGCAAUGACGUCAGCAGCCUUCAGAGCUUUGGCUCAAAGGUCAUGACAGUGGCAGCUCAGAGUGACUCCGAAUCACCUUCCAGCAAGCUUCUGGGUUGUCUGAAUGAAGCUCACUGCACCAGCGGAUUUGCAGGUGAUGGCACGGAAGAGACCAUGAUGACGACAAUGGGGGACAUCACUGCUGGCGCCAGCGCUGAUCAACAUGUCAGAGCCACGCUGGCAGCUGCUGACGUGGCGGCAGAGGGGAGGAUCCACGCUGCGCAUGCUGCGGAUUCGUUAUUGUCACAGCUGGAGAAGCUGGAGGCGGAAUGGAUGGCAGGGACGGCAUCAAAGAAGCCCCGUUACAGUCACGUCAUUAUGCAUUGUGGAAAAGAUGAGGCUGCUACACAUGGGGAUCAUAACAAAAUGGACGUCAAGCCUCUGUCUACUGCAGCUCCUGGUUCUACCUUGUCUUUCCCACUGCAGCACCACUUGCACUGCAUUCAAGCAGCUGUAAGGACUCAACACAGCGAGCACAGUUUGGAGGAUUCGCCUGACCAGCAGCAAGGAGCAGCAUUUUCACCAUCGCUGCGUCUAGUGUCGCUGCCACAGCCCCUUCCCUCUGCUGGUGCAGUCCCAGCUGCAGCAUCAGGAUCUGAAGCAGCAGCAAAGGACUCAGCAGCAGUGGCACCUGCAGCAGCAUCAGGCGCAGCAGCACCUAUCCAGCCACAUCAGAACCGGUCUAAGGGACCCCGUGAAUGCAGGUCUGCAGUCUACAUGCCGUUUGCAACCGAUGCAGCUGUUGAGUCAUCUUGUGCUAAGCAGCCUUUUAAAUCCUCACCCGUUCUUCUAUCCAGAAGUUCUUCCUUCGUGCAUGUCUUGGCGGACAGUCGGGUGAUCGUCCCAAGGAGCGCAUGGGCUCAAGCGAUGGUGGUAAACCACCUUGAACAAGCACAGGGAGAUACAUCUGACAAGCAUAAAAGUGGCAGUAUGCCAGGUGAAGAUCUCUAUUUCGAGGAGGUGCCAUCAUCAGUGAUGUUGUCUCAUCGCGCUUCUGGGAAGAAAACUUACUCUUCAGGAAAGGCAAAGCUGUGUGCCAUUCACAAUGACGCAGAUACAUGCUCGUGUGAGGGUGCUCUAGGAGAAUGUAGUGGGAAGCACAUCCAUGGAGGGCGGGGAGUAGUCGCAUGUGACCAUGCAGCAAGCAAGGUCAUAGAAGGAAAUAUGGGUGGCGUAGAGAUGAAGGAAUCUGCCUGCAUAAUCAUUCUUGGGAAGAGAAUAGAAGCUGAGCCGAGUACCACCUUAGAACCAAUGCCAUUGUAGGUCGUCUAAUCUAUCAGUUUUGACCCUAC